UGAAGUGCUCUUGUGUUUUUCCAGUUGAUCCCGCACCGCACCGCACGCACGUCAGUCGGCUUUCACCCGCGCAGCCCGCACCGUGUCAAAGAUGCACGGCGACAUGACUCUCCUUCAGCUUCUUGCUGUCCUCUUCCUCCCAGGAGCAUGGGGUCAGAGCAGCAGCAACAGGUUAGGCGUUGUGGUUGAGGCCAAGAACAUUACCCUCCCCGCGGGGUCGAAGGCCACCCUGGCCUGCCACAGCCCCCGCAUGAUUUGGACACAGGACAGACUGAAGGACCGUCAGAGGGUGGUGCACUGGGACCUGGUCCGCAGCAGCCCAGAGUACUCUGUGGAGCGAAUCCUGGACAUGUCUCCUGGAGCCAAUCAGAGGGUCUACAAUGGCUUCAACAAGGGACGCAUCUCCGUGCCAGAGUCUGCUUUCAGUGAUGGCAACUUCUCCCUCAUCAUCAACAGUGUGGCCACAACUGACCGAGGUGUGUAUACCUGUAAUCUUCACCAUCACUACUGCCAGAUUCACCAGUCCAUCCAAAUCCAACUCAAUGUCACCAAAAUAGCUCGAAAAGAGAAACGUUACUGGGAUGGAGAGAAGACCGUGUUCGUGGUGUUGCUGGGCAGCUCGGUGGCAUUGCCCUGCGUGAACCGGCGUCCCCUUUGGAGAGAAGGCCUCCAAGAGGACCAGCAGCAGGUGGCCCACUGGGACUUCCAGCCCCCAGGCGUGCGUCCCGACAGGGCCGACCGCCUCGUGGACCUCUACGCCUCUGGGGAGCGCCGGGAGUACGGGCCACUUUUUGCCCGGAACAAGAUGAGUGUGGCCGAGGAUGCCUUUUCUGUUGGGGACUUCUCGCUGUCCAUCUCUGACCUGGCGCCUGUGGACAAGGGGCUGUACUCCUGCCACCUACACCAUCACUACUGCGGCCUGCAUGAGAGACGCAUCUUCAGACUGACUGUCGGCCCUCCGCUUCCCCCCGCCCUCACCGCAGCCCCCCGGAUUCUGGAGAAUGAUGAGCCAGAGCCAAGCACCGAGGACGUAGAGAGGCCAAGAGUCGUGAAUGUCAUCCUCCCCGAGCAUCGAGGUUAUUUCAUGCAGCAGAUGGGCUACAUCUUAGCCACCUUCUUGCUGCUGGCCUUCAUUGUUGCCGCUGUCAUUGUGCUGACACGCCGACGCAAAAAGAGAGGGGUGGAGUAUGACCUGCGAUAUGAGCGGGGGAAUGUGAUCAGUGGAGGUGAAAUCUCAUUAGAAAGCACAGAGCUGAAGGCCUGCAACCAGGAACCACUGAAUUCAGACUACAAAAACAACCUACUGAAGGAGCGAGAUAUGACCAAAGAGUGCAAUAAGGACUUUGAUGGGAAGCUUUGGAAGUGAGUGGGACGUCGCUGAGAUGCUGCUGGCAGGUCCAGGGCAGACACAGGAAGAGGAAA